AUGUCUCCUAUCAGCUCUCGUCGCGCCGUCGCCGUCGCGCCACCCGCAAAACAAAAGACCCUGCCGCUUUCGAGGAUUGGAUCGGCUGAACAUUUUUGGGGCGGGAAGAGCGAAAUCUUGGAAGUAGAAAAUGCUUGGCCCACAAGCACCUACAGCGCUGGGGACAUGACAUCAUGCCAGUCUGGAAAUGACCGUCGCAUGGGCGAAUUGAUAGACGAUUUGGAGUUUGCGCUCGAUAGACGGCACACCCGCGACUCUGGCGAUAGAAAAUCAAGACGCAGCGAUCUCUCGUGGCCCGACCUUGCGACCCUGUUGUCUGACCUUCUAUCCUCCGCUCCUGCGUCCGCGCCAGAACCAUGGAACCAACUACCGCCGAUCUCUCAACCCCCACCACCUUCGUACAACGAAUCUGUUGCAGACCUACCUCCAGACUACACCUCUACCGAUGCGCUGGCCAUUGCGCAAAUACCUGAAUACUCCCCCUUCUCUUCCCUCGACGCUUUACUAUGCCUCACCGCUUCCGCACGUCCGCGCACAAGCAAGAAGCGCCUACCUGGCUCUUCCGCCUUCCGCCUAGACGUGAAAUCACCGCACAUAGAUAUUGAUUUUGGGCACUGCGAUACUGGCAUCAGGUCACAUGCAAAGAAGAGUAAGAAGACUACAGCGAAGAAACCCGCGGCCGCUCCCGUUGACGACGGCAAAAAGGACGAGGAACCUGCCGGAGGCGACAACGGCGGUGAUCCACCUGCGGACGGUGGGGCUGCUGGUGGAGACGGUGGAGAUGGAGGUGAUGGAGACAAGGGCAAGAAGAAAUCGAAGAAGCAGAGAGAGGAAGAGGAGAGACUGAAGAAGGAAGAAGAAGAGGAACGCCUCAAGAAGGAGGAGGAGGAACGCCUCAAGAAGGAGGAAGAGGAACGCCUGCUGAAGGAGGAAGAGGAGCGUCUGGCAAGGGAGGCCGAAGAGGAGGCCGAGCGCAAGAAGAAGGAGGAGGAGGAUGCAGCCGCAGCUGCAGCUGCUGCCACCGCAACAACCAUUUCGGUGACAAAAGCGGCAGCUGACUUAAGCUGGGCGAACCCGAGCCAGAACACGGAUGACUGGGCCUCGUUCGGUGCUGCCGCCGGCAAGAAGAAGAAGGUCAAAAAGGGGAAGACUGCCGAGGCCGCACCCCCGCCUCCUCCUGAACCACCAGCAGGGCCACCGACAACAUUCGACGACAUCAACCUUGACGAAGGAAGCGCACCGAAAAUUGACAUGAAUAAUAGUGAUACUAGUGCAACAAAAUCUGGAUUCGGACUUCCUGGACUAAGCAGUUGGGCUUCUGGUUGGGGCUCAUCAAACAAAUCAUCUGGCUGGGGCGGACUUAUUGACAGUGGAAAGAACUCCAGCGCAGACUCUGAAAGCCCUUGGGGAUCCUUGGACAAGAAGAAGAAAAAGGAUUCAAGCGGAUUCGACUUCGACUUUGGUGGUCUCAAAGCUUCCCCUCCCGCCGAAGAGAAACCCGCCGAGGACGAUGGCUGGGGCAUUGACUCAGGCGCGAAGUCUAAGAAAAAGACCAAGAAAGGGAUCUUGAUCGAUGAGACCGUGCCUGAGGAGCCAGCUCCAGAACCUGUCAAGGAGGAUGAUCCAUGGGGUGGUGGGUGGGAUGGAGCUGCUGCCGGAGUGAAGAAGAAAAAAGGUAAGAAGGGAGCAAAGGAUGAGCUGCCACCGCCCCCUCCCCCAGAGCCAGAACCAGAGCCUGCUCCAGCUGAACCUGAGCCGGAGCCUCCGAAGCCAGAAGUGCCUGCUGUUGAUCCAUAUGCCGGCCUCAGCAAGUCUCAGGCGAAAAAGCUUAAGAUCAAGCUCGAGAAAGAGGCUAAAGAGGCUAAGCUGAAGGAGGAGGAGGAAGCAGCUCAGCGGCUCAAGGAAGAGGAAGAGGCCGCUGAGCUUCAGCGCCAACAAGAAGAAGAGGAAGCAGAGCAGAGACGGAUAGAAGAGGAAGAGGCCGAGUUGAAGAGGAUGGAAGAGGAAGCUGCAGCCGCCGCAGAGGCCGAGAAGAAGAAGAAGGAUGAAGAGUCCUGGGGUGAUUGGGGGGCUGCAGCAGCACCGACCACAAAGAAGAAGAAGAAGGGCAAGAAAGGAGCAGAGGAAGAGCUCCCGCCGCCUCCACCUCCGCCUCCUGAGCCCGAACUUGCGGAACCUCCACCUGCAGACGCGAAGCCUGCCGAUGGCUGGGAUGAUUGGGGUUCAGCAGCGCCUGUAGUCAAAAAGACCAAGAAAAGUAAGAAGGGUGCUGCUGUCAUCAUCGAAGAGCCUCCUCCAGCCGAACCUGAGCCUAUCCCAGAACCCGAGCCAGCUCCGCCACUAGAAGAAGAGAAAAGUUCUGAUUGGGGCCUGAGCUCGAUAUGGGGUGGAUCAAAGAAGAAGAAGAAGAGCAGCAAAUCAGUCGAAUUAGAACCACUUCCAGAACCUGAGCCAGUUGAAGAAGCACCACCUAUCCAGGAACCUGAAGACGUCGAGGAACCCGAGGAUAAUGAGGAUGACUGGGGUGCGCCAUCUUGGAGUAAGAGAAAGAAGAAAGACCCCAAGAAGGAUGUCCCGGUCGAGGUACUUGAGGACACUACGACACCUGUCCAAAAACCCGACGAAGAGGAUCCCUGGGGAAGCGCUGCAUUCAACAUUGGCAAGAAGACCAAGAAGGGUAAAAAGGGCCUUGUACCGCCAAAUGUGCCAACACCCCCGGGAGAGUUCGAGCCUGAGCUUCCGCCGCUUAAAGAGAUCGAAGCGCCUCCACCCGCUGAGGAAGAAGAUAUCUGGGGAGGUCUUACCACUACCACUUCCAAGAAGAAGAAGAAAAAGGGCGAGGUCGUGGAGGUUGCCCCGACCGAUACCUUUGAGGAUCUCAUCUCGCUCGACGAUCCACCGCCUGCCGAAGAACCUGUAGUGGAAGAGGCACCGGUGGAAGAGAAGAAGAAGAGCAAGAAGGACAAGGAAAGCAAGUCCAGCAGCAUGUGGGGCUCUCUGGGUGCCUCAACUAAGCCGCCUAAGAAGGAAACUACUCUCGAAAGACGAGCUCGCGAAAAGCGUGAAAAGAAGGAACGCGAGGAGCAGGAACGAUUAGAGAGGGAGGCGGCUGAGAAAGAGGAGGAAGAACGUCUUGCACGAGAAGCCGAGGAAGCGGACGAAGAAGCAGCUCGAAUCGCGGCAGAAGAGGAAGAAGCAGAGGCUGCACGUAUCGCGGCAGAAGAGGCAGAGGCAGAAGCUGCACGCAUUGCAGCCGAAGAAGCUGAGGCAGAAGCGGCUAGAAUUGCGGCAGAGGAGGCCGAGGCAGCUCGAAUUGCAGCAGAGGCCGAGGCAGCACGUAUAGCGGCAGAGGAAGAGGAGAAGAGGAGAAGGAAGAAGCAAGAGGAGGAAUCUACAGGAUCGAAGAUUGCUGGGUGGGGCGCUAGUAUCUGGGGAUCCUCGAAGAAGAAGGAGAGCACAAAAGAGCGAAGGGCUCGGGAGAAGAAAGAGGAGCAAGAGCGCCUAGAGAAAGAAGCUGCCGAGCAAGCAGAGAGGGAACGCCUUGAACGUGAGGAACAAGAACGUCUUGAGGCUGAAGAAGCCGCGCGUGUUGCUGCUGCCGAGGAGGAGGCGCGACUGGAACGCGAAGCUGCUGAGGCGGCUGAGAAGGCUCAAAGGGAGGCCGAGGAAGCUGCAGCCAGGGCCAGAGAGGAAGCAGAGCAAAACUCUGGUUGGGGUCUAUUCGGACUAACCAAGAAGAAAGAGACUACCAAACAGAGGCGCGAGCGCGAGGCUAGAGAAAAGGCAGCACUUGAAGAACAAGAAAGACUGGAGAAGGAAGCGAGAGAAGCUGCUGAAGCUGCCGAAGCUGCCGAGAAAGCCCGACUGGAAGCAGAGGAAGCUGAAGCUGAAGCUGCUCGCCUUGCUGCUGAGCAAGAAGCUGUUCCUGAACCCGAGCCCGUGGUUAUUUCUUCCAAGGAAAAGAAGAAGAAAAAGAAGAGAGGUGUUGUCGAGGAAGCUCCUCCACCACCUCCACCACCUCCGCCGCCGCCCCCUGAAGAACCCGCAGAGCCUGCAAACGACGAUGAGUUAUUUGAUCUCGUUAAAGAUGCUGACCCGAACGAACUUUUGGCUGAGCUUGAGAAGCCUACAAGAAGGGAACAAAAGGCAGCAGCAGGUGGCUGGGGCAGCGCUUGGGGUAUCUCCCUUCGCAGAAGCGUGAUCGAUCCUAUCACGGAUAUGCCUGUAAAACCCGAGCCGGAACCCGAACCAGAGCCUGAGCCUGAGCCUGAACCUGAACCUGAACCUGAGCCGAUUGUGGAAGAACCGGAACCUGAGCCGGAACCCGAGCCUCUGAUCGUUGAAGAGGCACCUCCAAAGAAGCUGUCCAAGGAAGAACGAAAGCUGCUGAAAAAGUCCAAGAAAAGUCGACAUGCUGUGCCGGAGCCAGAACCGGUCCCAGAGCCUAUACCUGAAGAACCAGAGCCGGAGCCUGAGCCUGAACCUGAGCCUGAACCUCCAGCAAUCGAGGUUAUUGAGGUGCCUCCAAAGAAGCUGUCCAAAGAAGAGAGAAAGCUUCUUAAGAAGUCCAAACGGUCAAAGAUGGAGGAAGCCCCUGUGGUCAUCCCUGAACCCGAACCUGAGCCUAUCGAAGUACUUGAGGAAAGGGAGCCCGCACCAGGUGCAUUCCCUGACGAUGAAGGAGACUUCAUGGAAUUUGUUGAUGCGCCACCACCUCCAGAGCCUGAGGAACCCGAGCCUGAGCCUGAACCUGAGCCCGAACCCGAACCUGUACAUGUACCUCUUGUCCUGCAGGAGCUCAAGAAGCUUAAGAAGUCUAAGAAGGGCAGUAAAUCGAGAGGGUGGUCCAUAGACGAAACUCCUCCACCUCCUCCACCGCCACCAGUUCUGGAAGAACCAGAACCAGAACCAGAACCGGAGCCGGAGCCGGAGCCAAUUGUUGAAGAAGAACCGGAACCUGAACCCGAGCCUGAGCCUGAGCCUGAGCCUGGACCUGUUGUUGUGGUUUCUGAAAGAAAACACAAAAAAUCCAAGAAGAGCAGCAGGACUAAGGCACCGCCACCUCCGCCAGAACCAGAACCAGAACCAGAACCAGAACCAGAACCUGAGCCUGAACUGGAACCUGAACCAGAGCCAGAGCCAGAGCCAGAGCCAGAACCUGAAAUUGAAGAGGUGCCCGAGGAGCCAGAGAUAAUCGACCAUGAAGACGCCGCUUCAGCAGAUGAAGAUGGUGCGCCUGCCAAACUCCCCACUCCUCCUCCCGAGCCAUUACCUGAACCCAAGGCAAAUUCUCCAAAGAAGGAGCGCAACAGAGUCCGCAGUGGAACUACCUCUGGUGGUUGGGGUGGAUCUGACAAGGCGCAUGCAGCCAGGCCAACAGUGUCACGUUCCAAGACGACCCGGGUUUCUACAGGCCUCGGUGGCAUGUUUGGCGUUGCGCCGCCCCCACCAUCACGCUCCAAGUCACAUCGCACCUCAGGCAUGAAAACAUCGUCGCGCCGACCUUCUGUCGACCAGGACGCCGCCAUGAUGUCACCACCACAGACCGAUACUGAUGCGAAGAUGUCUUCCAAGGCAGCUCGGCUUAUGGGCGAGAAGGGUUCGUCCCGCAGAGCCAGUAAUAGGGAUUCCAGAGACAAGGGCAGAAGUCGAGACCCAUAUCCUUUGGACGAUGAGAACGAAGUUGAUGAUGAAUCCCCUCCCCCGGCUUCCCGACCUGAGUAUCCACGUCGCAAAUCUAAGCGCGAUUCGGCACAACCACUCGAACCCAUGAGUGCAUCGCCUAGCGCAGACGACCCUAUCGUUGUUGACCCAAUGGAGGCGGACCCUGUACCAGUCGAGGCUGAGCGGCCCCGUCGUGAACGGGACCGUGAGCGGGACCGUGAGCGACCUCGUCGCGCGCGAGGCAACUCAGAUGCUAUCAAUACACUUGCUGGUGUCGCGGGCACUGCUGCUGCUGUGAAAGGCUUCAAGGGUAUGUUUGGACUCGGGCGCAAGAAGGCAGUGGCGCCUGAAGAGGCACCUCGCGAACGCCGCCGCACCGCCUACGAGACCGAGGACGAGCGUAGGCAUCGCAAGCGAUCCACAACACGCGGCGCAGUUACUGAUGAUGAAGCCAAACGACUGCGACACGAGCGGCGCAGUUUGCGCAAUCCGCGCGCCCAGGAUCCUGAAGAAGUCAUGAUGUCUGGUGCUAAUGGCGGCGGCAACGGUAGCGCCGAUUACGAUGCCGAACGAGAGGCAAGACGAGCUGAGCGUAGGGCGAAACGUGACGCAGAGAAAGAAUCUCGUCGUGCCGAACUCGAAGAAGCAGAGGCUAAGGCUGAGCGGCGCCGUGAGCGCGAGCGUGAAAACGAGCGUGCGACGCUUGCAGAGAAGAAGGCUCGGCAAAUGGCCGAGUUGGAACGUCGCAACAAGGAAGCAGAGGAACAACUGCGUCGCAUAGCGGAAAAGGAAGAACGGCGAAAGGCACGAGGUGACCGUAAGCUGACUGAUGAGCGGGAUCGUGAGAAGCGUUCAUCACGUCGCAAAGACAAGACCCGCGAAGAAGAGCGCCCAAAGGCCGAACGCCGGCGGACAUACAUAGACGAGGACGAAGAACGUCGCCGCCGUCACGAAGAACGCCGUGCUGCCAGGCGUCACUCCGAAUACCCAGUACAAGCUAGUGGGGAGCCCAUCACCGACUACUUUGACGAGCGCAACGGCGUCGCCAACCGUUCCAAGCACCGCGGUUCUCGUCAGGCACGCGAAGAAGAAAACAUGCCAUACAUGAACAACAAGAGCGGUGACAAAACAUCGUCAUGGGUCGAAUCUCUAUCCAACGAGCCACCAUUACCUCCCCCCAUCUCCGAGACGGUACUAGACCCGGCGCCCGGCGCCAACGACGAUGACGACGAUGAAGAAACGCAAUCUCAAGACGAAGACAUUCGCCUGCGCAUCGCAGGCCGCCGCGGACCCAAGCGCGACAAGGAGCGUGCCGAGCGCCGCAAAGCUGAAGAAAAGGAGCGCGAACGCGACCGCACGUACAAGCACAGCCGCCGCGCAAGCAACUACGAGACUAUGAAGCCCAUGGAUGACGAACGUGAUCGCAAGAGGAAUGCUAGACGCACUAGCUAUGCACCUGCAUACGAAGAGCCGCCUGUUAGGACAUGGGAUGGUAGACCCGCGGUAGAGGGCGGGGCACCAGCGCCGGUUGUCAAGAGGGGAAGCUGGUUCAAGAAGAUUGCCGGUUUCUAA